AUGAAAUACAAUUUUUCUAAAAACCAAAACAAAGAAUCUGGCUAAGGUCUAAACUUUAUAGGCAAAUUUUUGUAGAAUCAUAAAACGCAAUCAGUUAUAUUAGUAAUCACUCUCUUUCCAACUCUUAUAUUAGUAGUCUCUACUUAUUUAAUACUAAUUUACUUUUAAGAUGUCUGCUUCUAAAUAGUUAAAGACUUCUCAAAUAAUUUAUUCUAAGAUUAGAUCACAAGUUCCAAACUCCUAAAUUCUGCAAUAGUAUAUCAGCUAAGCUCGCAAACUCAAAAAAUUGAUUGGUAGAUGAACUUAGUAAAUGAAUUUUUUGGGAAUGUUAUACAGGGCAAAAUAAUAAAAAAUAGUAAGUACAUACCAGCUAUUCACAAUAUAGAUAGGACUUAUAAUUAAACUGAAAACCCUAUUGUAUUAAAUAUGUUUAAAAAAAACUCAGUCAUGACUUCUACUUGGCAUUAAGUUAGUUAAUCUUUCUUAACAGAAUUAGAUUAAAAAUAGUUAAAAGAGUUAGAUGAAACAAUACGCAUUGAAUCAAUAUGGAAAUCUAUUUAGCUAGAUAAUAAAAACGAAAAUGGAAGAUGGAUGAAAUUCAAAGACUUUUAUUAUGGAUUUGAUUAUGAUGGAUUAAUCUACACUGUUAGUGUUAAUGUUACUUACAAAGGGUAUGUUCCUCCUAAAGGUUGCCCUUAUAUUGGAUAGUAUCUAAUGGAUGUUAGAUGCAGAUAUUAUUACAGCCCAACUAUGGGAAAUUAUUCAACAAUGGUUUUUAACCCUUCCAUAUUAUAUACAGAUGUAACUCCUCUUAUAUUACAACCUUUUUGUAAAAGAAGACUAAAAUAUGAGUCAGAUGACCCUAAUUCAGAAUAUACUAAAUAUUCUAUUCUUUGUUUGACAUUAGAUCUCACUUUAAUUCCAAAAUAUUUCGAAAAUUUUGGUAAUAAUUCAAAGCUACAAUUUGUUUUGAAUCCUUCUUACCUCACUGUGGUUUAUGAUUCUGAAUAAAAUUUGAAAAGAACUUAGGUUGUAACUAUAAAAGACAUAGAAACAUAAUACUUAUAAGAUUAAAACUAAGCAAAAUACUUUUUAAACAAUAUCACAUAAAAUAAUGACUUUAUCAUAAAAAACACAAGCUUUGCAGAUUUAUUUGGAUUUACUUUUUCUGAUUAAUAUCUGUUCGAAUACAACAGAAACGGGACUGAGUGUUUAGUGAUUAAAAAUAUAGUCACCUUCAUUGAUAAAGUACCAAAAUAUGAAUAUUAAAGAAAAGUUAAUCCCGCUCCGAAGUUUUAGUUUGGGACUUCAUUUUUAAAUCCUGUUAUUCAUUUAACAAAGAUUUUAAAUUAAAUGAUUUCUCAAGACAAUGAUUAAAAAAAGUAAGUUAAAGAUAAUUUGGUUUAGUAUUUACCAACCAUAGAAGAUAUAAACAAAGAUAUGUGGAUUUUCGAAGAUUUGAAUAACUAUGAUUCACAGUAGUAGGAAUAAAGUUAAAAGGAGCAAUGCUUUUCAAGUGAUACUUAGCAAUUGUUUGACAGUUUUCAAAAUCUUUUUAAGGUGCUGGCUUUUACUACAUAAAACUUGUACAAAGAUAAUGAAAGCACUUCUCUUAUCAACUUGAAUAUUCAAAUUUAACACUUUGAUAAAUUUAGAAAUAACCGAGCGCUAGGAGUUUGCUAUAAUAACAUAGGUGUGAUUCACUAUAAAUGUGGUAGAUAUUAAGAAUCAAUAGAAAAUUUCUAGAAAUCAGUUGUGUUUGCAAAAUAUGAGUUAGGACUUUACGACCAUGAGAUAAAUGGAGUUCAGAUAGUAAAAAACAUCAAAGAUUUUGUAAAUAUAUAUAAGCAGAAUGGUGAUCAAGAAUAAGCACUAUACCAAUUUAAGUUUGAAAGGCACCUAAAUAAUAAAGAAUCAAAAGAUAAUAAUUAUCAAUAUUUAGAAAAAAAUGACCAUUUUUGGAAUUUGUACAAUAGAAAACUCAAUUUAAUAAAAGCACUUAAUUCAUUUGCUGUAUAAAGCAAAGAGACAUAUCAUUAAGAAGUAUUAAUUGAACAAGUUCAUGAAUUAAUAAGUAUAAGCAAGUUAUAUUUGCCAGAUUCUAAUAAGAGAUUCAUGUAUGAGUGUUAUUUAUAACUUCUAACAAAUAAGUUGAAUAACUCUCUGUCAGAUUCUAUUCAAAUCUUAGAUUAAUUUGUCAAUUUUUACCUGAUAAAAUUUAAAAAGAAUGAUCUAAAAAGUGAAGAUGAUAAAUCUAAAGAGCAGAAGGAUAAUAAUUUUUAGAAACAUUUUUGUAUAUAUGAGUAUUAAAAUAACAUUUUUAGUUUUUUAGAAUCCCCAAUUUAGAAUAAUGAUAAAAAUAGAUAGUAACUUCAAAAAUAUUUACCUGACAGUUAUAGAAAUUAUAAAAAUGCACAUUUAAAAUAUGCCUUAAAGGACUUAUUUGAUAAGCUAACAUAAUCGAAUCAAUAACAAUUAUCUGCUUCGAGUUGCAUUGAUCGUUCCAGAACUAAAACUGUAAGUCAAAGUAAGCAAUCAAUUAAGAAACAAAACUAUAAAAUUAAACAAAGAAAAAGCACUCGAAUUGAAAAUUUUUCAAAUUAAAAAUGCUACUUUUAAGUAAAAAAAGUAAUUGAUUAAUUCAAGCUAUGUCGCUAUGAAUUCAGUUCCGAUAUUUUCUUUUAGUACUAUGCUCUUGAAUAAGCUCAACAUUAAAUUACUCUAAAAAAUUACAAAAAUGCUGGGACUAUUUUAACGAAUAUGCUAGAAAAAUGUGUACUUUAUUUACCUCAUCUUAAAAGACAGGCAUUUAAUAUGCUAUGUAAACUAUUCAAAUAAUAAAAUAUUAAUAAUCCAGAACUAUAAGAAAUAGCUAAUAAAUAUUAAAUUUUCCCUGAUAGUUAUUUUAAAGUAUGCACUAUUUAAGCUUGCUUUAGCAAAUAUUCUCUAUUUAGAUCUUAUACUGUUUAAAGUGAUUUAAUCAAAGAUAUUUUAUUUAAAGAAAGAGAUCAAAUCGGUUUGCUAAACUAUUGUUUUGAAGAUCAUAACUAUUAGCAGCUAGUGCAAUUUAUCAAUUUAAAAACUUUAAAUUCAAAUUUAGAAAUAUUUGAAAAUAUUUUCAUCAAAAUAUUCUUCGAAAAGUUACUUAAUAAAGACUUUAAAAGUUUAGAGAAAUAUGGAAUAUUUAAAUACAAUUAGAAUGAAGUUCAAUAACUUUAACAAAGUUAAAAUGUUUUCUUUUAAAACCGUAUUUAACUAACUAAGAGUAUUUUUUAAGAUACUCUUUAAAAAAAAAUCUAAAAAUCAGAAUAAAAUCGAUCUUCAUUUAGUAGACCAAUUUAAAAUGAAUAAAAAAACUUAAAAGAUUCCUUUAACAUAUAAUUUGAAGAAAUAAAAUUCAGUGAUAAUAAAACUUAAUAAAAUAAAAAACCUUCAUUUGCACAAAAGCUUUAGCAAAGACUUAAAACUAGAGCAUAACAUAUUACAAAUAAUUAAAAUCAAUAAUUAAACUUCUUAUUAUCUUAGUUUAAUCAAGAUGAUUCAUUACUGAAUCCAGACUCUCUAAUAAGGAAAUACACUUUUAGUCCAUAAAGAAAUAAUUUAAAAAAUCACAAGACCGAAAAUUAGGAAGAAUUCUUUAAAAUAGGCAGUUAUGAAUAAAUAAUUUCUCAUAAUUUCGUCUCAGAAAAUAAAUUUGUAGAUUCAAGCCCACAACUUAGCUAACUAAAUUCAAAUAAUAAAAAUGAGUUUAAUAAUUUUGAUUCAAGUGAUAAUAUUGUUAACAAAAAUAAAUUUAAAUCAUAAUAGAAUUGUAUGUUAGACAGCCAAAAUUUUCAAGUUUCCAAGUUUGCAAAACCAAAUAAUUUAGGAGAAAGUUUUUCUGGAUUAAAUUCAGAAUGUAUCGAUAAUAUUAACUAAGGGAAUAGUAUGCUAAAGAGCUAUGAAAACAAUAAUAUUAUUGAAGUUAUGGAUAGUAUUUAGUCUCCUACAAUUUUAAAGAAAAGCUUUACUCAAAAUAAACUGCUGAAUGAAGAAAAUAUUUGUAAAACCUUAAAUAAUAGUAAUAAUAAUAAUUAAGAGUAAGUCAAUAAAUUUAUUUAAAAUAACCAAUAGACCUAUUUUUAAAUUGUAUCCAAUAAAAAUUAAUAGAAAGAAUAUCAAAAAACAGAUUAAUUGUCUUAAAUAAAUUAAUCAAAAUAAUAAUAAAACAAUGCAAUUAACCAAAAUCCUUAGAAAUAAGAUAAUCAAAAUUAUGAAUAAAAGUAAAAAAUGAUGUAAUCAUAAGUUAAUACUUCUAUCAUUUAUGAAUAAAGUCCUCUUUUAGAAAGUCAAUCAAAUUAAAUAUAAAUCAGUUAAAAUCCAUGUCUUAUUUCUGGUGAGUUUUUAUUUCAUUAAGGUAUUUAAGCAGCCAUAAAGUAGUUUAUACUUAAUACUGAUGAAAAAAUAUCUUAUUAUAUUUCUGAAAAGAAAUAUAAUGAAAAAAAUGAUUAAUAAUAAUAAUAAAGAGUUAAAGAAUUUUACACAUAUCUUAUUUUUAUCACUGACUAGUAACUUUAAAUCAAAAAUUAAUAAUUAUUUGACGAGCUUUGUGCUAUUUUAAUCAACUUACAAGUAGAACUAUUGAUUUUAAUUUUAAAUUAGGAUUUAUCAUAGUAAGAACAUACAGAUUUUAGAAAUAUUUUCUACAACUAAAAGCCAGUAGUUACAUUUUUUAGUACAGAAGAAAAACUACUCUAAUAUAUUUACAACUCUAGAGAGCAUAAUGGAAUAAACCUCAAGGAAACUGGGAAACUAAAUCACAAGGAAGAACUUUAAAACAGAAAUUAAAUCUGUCUUAAAUGCUAAUUAUAAAAUGAUCCUUCGUAUUUGCUGAAAAAAUUACAUAAAUUGAAGAUGUUUUUUCUAAUACUAAUUAAUAGUUAGUUUUGUGGAAAAUAACAAUUGCUAUUCGAUUAUAAAAUCUCCAAGUUCAAUUCAACAUUUGCAGGAAUAUUAGUCAUUUUAUAUAAAAUAUAAGCAUUAUACAUUUUAUUUAACUAUGAAAUGAGAUGCAAACUUUUUUCGUUGGAUUCUGCUUAAUUUCAUUCCAAAUAAAAGACUGACUCUUUUACAAUUUAAAAUUAAACAAAUGAGUAUAUUUUAUGGCUUGUUUUAACAAUCAACUGUUUGAUAGUAGUGCUAUUCUUGUUCAGAUUGGUUUCAUAUGCUAUUAAUGUAUAAAAUGACUAAUUAGUUUUGGUUAAACUGCUUAGCUGUAUUUUGAGAUCCUACAAAUAUAUUUUCUUUGCUCCAUCUUUAUUUGUAAGUUUAUCUCUAUAAUCGAAUUUAGCUCCUGCUAUUUUAAAUAUGAUACUACUGAUGGAAAGCGAAGAUGACUCUCUUUUGAAGUUUCCAACAAAGUAUUUUGAAGAACUUAGUCAGAUAACAAUGAUUUUCUUGAUCAUUAACAAUACUAAAAGCAUAUUUGCUUAUCAAGAUAUAUUUUUUUUCUUUUUUUCUGUUUAUAAUUUAAUGGUGGUGUUUUAAGGAAAUGCGUUCAUCAAGAGAAAUAUAAGAUUAAUAGAUUUGAUUGGGUAUUCUAUUCUUUUAGGAUUUUCUCUUACUUUGAUUUUUGUAAGAAUUGUUAAUAAUGAUAUUUCUUUAAUUUUUUUGUCUGUUGUAGUUUUUCCCUUGAUACUAAAAAUAACUGAAACUGCUUAAGAUGUUUGGGAUAACGUUAUCAGCGAUGAUAAACGUAAAAUAUUUGUUUUGAACUAUAUCAACUAGUUACUCAUUUAAUAAUGUGCAGAGGCUUAAAAUGAAAAGAUUAAUGAUUCAAAAUUUUCAGAUUAAUUGCUAGAACUUAAAUUUGUUUACAUUAAUUUUUUGAUGAAUGUAAGCUUAUCAAAGACUAAUUGUCUCUACUAAGUCCAUUUGCUAUAACAAAUGUAGAAAUCAUUAAGUUUAAAAAGCAAGAUGUAUUUAGAGUUUUUGAACUAAAAUAUCUUAAAAAAAAAAUAGGAGUUUUAAUUAAAUAAGCAAACAAACUAAUCAUUCAGCUUUUUACUUGUAGAAGAUAAAAUAGAUCGUUUAAAGAAAUACUAUGAGAAAUUCUUAAUAGACAAAUUAGAAGUAUUAAAUUUAAUAGACAAAGAUUACAUUUAAUUGGAUUAAUUUUAAUUUUUGGCUCUUUAACUUUUAAAAAGUAAGCAACAGCUGUAAAUUUAUAAAUAAGAGAUAUAAAAAAAAUGGAGAUGUAAUCAUUUAUUAGCAGAAAUAAUUCCUUUGCUAUAGAAAAGCAUUGGCUUUGACUUAAAAUUUGAUCAUGACAAUCAAAUGAAUCAUAUUUAAUCCUCUUCAAACUAUAAAUUUUAAUAAUAUUUAAAUUAAGCUACAGCUUUAAUAUCUUUAGAAAAAGAUGAUAUAAAUAUGAUAGUCAAAGCAUCAUAGCAGUUUUCUGAUUUGUUUGAGAUAAAAUCACCACAAGGAACAGAUAUUUAUGAUUUUAUUCCACAUGAAUUCUAAAAAGAGCAUUAAGCAUUAAUCAGUUAAUACUUGGUAUAAUUUUCUUCAGACCAAGCCUACUAAUAAAGAGAAUAAAUAACAAAUAAGCAAAGACUUAAUUUUGUUAUUGCGUAAACAAGCUAAGGUUUUUGCAUUCCUAUGAAAAUAUAAUUUAGUAUAGAAUAUAUUUAGUAAUUACAGUAAAUAGUUGUAUUUGCAUAAUUUACUCCAUUAAAUAACUCCAGCUAUUUUAUUAUUAAUGAUAACAAGACUUAGAAAAUUAGAUUUGUGUCAAAAAAUUUCUAUAAUCAAUAUUUAAAUAACUUAAUAAACUAAGAACAGCUCUAAUAAAUGGAGACUCCUUCAUUUUUACCAAUACUCAGUAGCCUUGAUUUCAAAAAAAAGCCUGUUCAACCAAAUGAUAAUAAAGAAAUCUAAAGCUAUGCAAUCCUACCAACCCAAGAAUAUUUUUAAAAAAAUAGAAUUUAUAGCUAUAAAAAUUUAACUGAAUCUUUCAGUAAAUCGUAAUUUUAUCUUAACCAAUUUUAGGUAUUUAAGAUAAACAUUAAGAUGCACAGCUUGAAAUAAAUUAAAAGCUCUGACUUAACAAUAAUAGAAAUUGUUUCAAUAUAUAAUGUUUCCUCUGACUAAGAAAUUUUCACAGCAUUUGAUUAUUUAAGCUAGUUACUCAAAACAAAUUAAUUUAUCUCUCAGGAUUGUUUUAAAGAUAAUCAAGCAAAAGCCAGCAAGUAGAACUCUUAAUAUUCUCCUGACAACGAAGUAUCCUCAAUCAACAUUAUAGAUUUAAUGAUCACUCCUAGAUAAAGGUAAAUGCAUCAUCAUACAUUUAAUUAGAUAAUGCAUCCAACAACAAAUGAAACUGAAGAAAAUAACCAAAUAACUAGCCACUCAAAAAACAACUAGAAAACAAUUACAGAAAUAGCUGAUUCAAACUAUUUAAAAAUCAACUCUUAAAGGUCUUCCCUGCUGACUCCUAAAAUGAAUAAAAAUAGUUUAACUACUGCACAUACUUUCUAAGAUUAUCUUUAAGUUUAAUAAUAAUAAUUUAAUAAGAGUUAUUUAGAUUCUAUUUUAAAUUAACUAUAUGCUAAUUCUGUAUAUAGAGAACAUGAUGAAUUAAAUAUACAAUCGAGUUUAUCUAAACCAAUAGAAAGCUUCAUUGAAAUAGAGUAGUCUUUUGAUUAAAUGAAGCAUUAUCAGAAUCAGUAUUAAAAUAAUUCAAUUUAAGAAAUCCAAGACAACAACACUAAAAAUAUUCAAAAAUAAUUUAAUCGUGGUUAUUCAAUUUAAUCAUAAUUGAUAGUAAACAAGUCUUAGAAUAAUGAAAGUAGUUCAUUGUUUUAUAUUCAUAAUAAUGACAUUAAUAAAGUAAAUAAAGCUGAUAUAAAUAGGAAUAAAGAGGAGAAUGAAAAGAGUUCUUAAAAUUCUGGUAAAACUGGCCAUCAGAUCUAAAUUAAAACAGUUUACAAUAAAUUAGCAAAUAAAAAGCUAAAUAAAUCUCUCUUUUUUCUAAGUCUUUUUGGAUUAUUUACUCUCGUUCUUAUUAUAGGACUUAGUUUCUUUUAGUUUGUCGAGAUGGUAGAUGGACUUAUAAGUAUUCAGUUUGAUUUACAUUUUGUUUCUUGGCCAGCAUCAAUUUCAUCUACAUGCAACCAAAUUUGGAUGUAUAUCAAUCUUUUACUCAUACAAAACUCAAAGAUUUUACCUUAGCUAAGCGCUUCUUGGAUAAACUAUUAACCAGAAAUCUAACAAAAAAUGCUUCAGUUAUAACACUACGGUUAAUACAUCUACCACGAUUAAAUAAUAAGUGAUUAUACUAUAGGAUGGUAUUUUUUGGAUAUUACAUACAGAAGAAAUUCUUAUUACAUUCCUAAAUAAGAUCUUCCUAGCACUUCUGUUGUUGAGUUAUUUCGCUAAGGAGAUUCAGAACUAGUUUUUAUGCAAAACUAUAUGGCUAACAUGUAUUAUUAUUUUUUAAAUGUAUACCAUUCAUUAGAAGAAUAAUUAAUGAUCACUGAAAAUUAUGAACUCAUGUAAAAUAAUUUAUAGUUUUUAGAAUAAUAAAUCUCUAACAGUUCUAUCUCAGUGGAUGUAUAUACUGUCAUGAUAGUCAUUAUAGCUUUAACUUUCAUAUAAGUUCUGUUUACUCUGCCAAUUUAUAUACUCAUUCAAAAAGAACGUGAAGUUAUUCUAAAGCUAUUCUCUACUCUACAAAAAUAAAGUAUCGAUAAAAUGAAGAGCUCUUGUAAAGAAAGUUUAUAGCUAUUAAAUUCAAAUAAUCCAAAUUAGCAAUUUGUUUAAUCUAAAAAUUAAAAAUAUAAACAAUUUUAUUUAAAUAAUUAAAUUAAAAAAAAUUGUAUCUCUGCUGAAAUAGAAAAUAUUGACACCAAAAAAGCAUUAGUUUUCCAAGCACUAGAUUUUAAUUCUAAGAAAAAAUUGAUAUCUUAAACAUCUAGCAUAAAUAAAAUGAAUCUUCUUCUCCCACUUUAUGGUUUUGCUGUAUUUGCAAUAAUAAGCAUUCAACCUAUCCUUAAUUCAAUUCUAGUUCAAUCUUUCAAACAAGAGUGUAUUACUAUCUUUUUGGGGUUAGAUGCUUUAUUUGCUAUGAAAGAUUCACUAACAAAAACUGUAGCAUUCAGUUACGGAAACACUUAUUCUAAGCUUGUAGAGAGUCAAAAUUCAUACCUUUAUAAUCCUUAAUUUUUCGAGUAAAAUCUCGUAAAAAUCUUUUAAGAAAGCUAAAACAAUUUUAUAAAAUUGUAGAAAAUUGCAAAUACAAUUUAAUCACAAUCCAACAAUAGUAAUAAGUCAUAUUUAUCAAUAAUAACUGAAAUAUAUUAAAAUAAUCUUUGCGAAGUAAUAAAUUAAUAUCCUAAUCUGUUUUCCCUACAAAACUAAAUAACUUUUAACUACCAAUAAUGUUAAGAAAUUAGAGGUGGAAUAUUAACUAAAGGCUUCUAGGUGGCUAGCUAAUACUUUUUAAAUUAAAUGAAUGAUUUAUAUUAAAUUUCUAGUAUAAAUGAUACAAUUAUGAGAAAAAUCCAAUUUAUUGAGUGGGAGCAUAAUUUUGAUGUGAAAGAAUUUGAAACCUUCUAUGAUUACAUGUGCUUCAUAGUUGAUUUUACAUAAUAGAUAUUUUUAAAUAACGGGUAUGAUAAAAUAAAUGAUAUGUGGACUACUUAAUACAUUCUUGUUUCCACAUAGAUUUUCCUUGUUUUAAUAAUCUACGUAUUUGGAUGGAGGAACUUUUUCAAAAUAGUGAGUGACUAACUUUAUAAAAAUAAAAAGAUUAUCACUUUAUUCGAGCCUGAUAUUAUUAUUGAUAAUCCAUACUUUAUGAAUUAUAUUAGUAAAUUAAAAUGA